AAAGCAACGUGUUAGUGAAGAAGAAGAAGAACCGAACACAUGCAGCGUCCAUAGUGCUGCGUACUCAUUACGUUUAUGAAAUAAUAAGAAAAACAUCUCUCCAAAAUGACAGAGGGGGAAUCUACAGUGUCAAAGCCGGCUAAAAGCUUGCUUGCUCUCAAUCCAAGCGAAGAUGUUGAGUUCCAAAAGAAAGUCCAGCAAGUCAAAAAGCGACGGAAAACGCCAGCCGCAUUGGCUCCUGGGGUAAUCUACGUGGGACACAUUCCCAGGGGACUGUUUGAACCACAGAUCAGAUCUUAUUUCCAGCAGUUUGGGAAAAUCCUCAGAAUGCGGCUGUCGAGAAGUAAAAAGACAGGUGGAAGCAAAGGCUACGCAUACAUUGAGUUUGACUGCGAUGAAGUGGCCAAGAUUGUGGCUGAAACCAUGAACAACUACCUCAUGGGUGAAAGGCUGAUCCAGUGCCAAGUGGUGCCACCGGAGAAGGUGCAUGAGAAGUUGUUUGUGGGUUGCAAAAGGGUGUUCAAGAAGCCGUCCCUGCCGGCGGUUGGCCGCUACAACAAGAAGCACAGCGUCGAGGAGCUGGAGAAGACCAAGGCCAAGCUCCUUAGCAAGGAGGCCAAACUGCGGAAGAGACUCGCUGCCCAUGGCAUUGACUACGACUUCCCUGGAUUUGCAUCCCAGGUUCCAACGAAGAAGGCUACUGCCUCCGAGGAUGCAAACAUCUCUGUUUUAAGUGAUGAUGUCACCCCUGUGUGCACACCUUCCAUUUUGGAGAGGAGGAAGUCCAUGGCAGGACCUGAAGAGGUAGAUGACGAGAUCAUCAUCAGGCCCAUGCCAGACGUCUCAUUUGGAGAGGAUGAGGAGGACUCUGGACUCUCGGGAGAGGAGGAAGAGGAAGAGCAGGAGGGAGAUGUGUCCAUAGAGGAGAAGAAAGAGGAGGAAGCGUAAUCUCUGGUCGGAGGAAGCGUAAUCUCUGGUCAGAGGAAAGACUGCGGAGAUCUCUGAGCAGGCCUGAAUAAUCCACCUAAUCCUGUCAGAGACUUUUGUACAUAAAAUAUGACUUCCUCCAGCGAGGGAAGCGACCCUGGUGGUAGACGGCUGCCCCCCGGCUUACGAUGAGCGUCGAGCGCCAAGAGGGUCCCUGAUAUAUUGUUGCAGUUACUGGGGCCAUGGCGCUCCCCAGUGGUCGUGAAGGGGAGGUGUUCUUCCUUCCAGAACACUCUCGAGCUCUUCGCUCAGCCGCUCUUCCACGUCCCAGUUCGACAGCCCAAAAUGAGAAACAAAAUAAAUUAACUCUAGGCCAUUUUCAUGUAAUCAUUAGAGGAUUGGUUUCUCCCGUGUGGUCCUGGUUGUUGGCACUGUUACUUUCCACCUGACUGUUUGUGCUCCUCUGAGAUCAUGAACAUUUAACUGUAUGAAAAUAUAUAAUUUGCUCUUAUAUGAAGAGGUUUAUGUCCUUGGAAAUGUCACGUGUCUUUACAUUAAAGAGGGUAAAGAAAACCAAA